UGCAGCAGGCGGCCUUGGGGUGAGCGUGUGAGUCUGUGCGUGUGUGUGCACACGUCUGUGGGUUGUUUUCUUCCCUGCGCUCUCCCAGGGAGGCCGGGUCCCCACGGGGUAAUAAGGGCUCUGAGGCCCCUACGCACAGCAAGGCUAGUGCACAGGCAGGGUAGCUAGAGGGCCCGUGAGAGGAAGGAAGGGAAAGGGGAAGAAUAGAGGUGAGGGAGAGCUGGGAGCGAGCAGGGCGGUGGGAGGAGCUGAGCAGCUGUGGCAUCUGGAACAAGUAUAAAUAGCUGUCUGGGUGGAGCUUGGCCAAACAGGGGUUUGCAGCUGCAGCGGUUCUAGGGCAGACCUGUCCGCUGCUGGCCACAGCGGGGACACCCCGGGCACGGAGCGGGGCCUGCGGGCUCCGGCCAGACCCCCCUCACCAUCACCGCAUCUCCGGAUGCUCUCCUGGCCGGCCAUGCUGCUGGGGGGCCUCCUCCUCGCUGUGGCCACCGUGACUGUGGCCCAGCGGCGGGGGCAGGAGGUGAGAGAGCGCCGCCUGGCGCACCGCGUCCAGCAUGGCCAGUGCAGCUACACCUUCCUGCUGCCCGAGCCGGAGGCCUGCGCUCCAGAGGCUGGGACCUUCAGGGGCUCCAACAGCCUCCAGAGGGACUCGCUGAACCUCGUGGCCUGGCCUACCAAGCGGAUGCAACACCUGGAGAAGAUGCUGGAGAACAACACGCAGCGGCUGCAGAAGCUAGAAAGGUACAUCCAGAUGAACUUGAGGUCGCAACUGGCGCAGGCGCGACAGCACGUGGUGCAGAACCAGACGGCCGCCGUGCUGGAGCUGGGCACCAGCCUCCUGAACCAGACCACCGCCCAGGCCCACCGGCUGACUGACAUGGAGGCUCAGGUACUGAACCAGACAUCAAGAAUGGAGAUCCAGAUGCAGGAGACCUCACUGUCCACCAACAAGCUGGAGAAGCAGCUGUUUCUACAGGGCCUUGAGCUCCACCGGCUACAGGACUACAACAGCGCGCUGGAGACCCGGCUGCGAGCCCUGGAGACGCAGCAGCAAGCGCAGCUGGCCAGCCUCCGCCAGGAGAAGGAGCGGCUGGGGAGCCUGCUGAGCCGCCAGAACGGCGCCCUCGCCGGCCUCGCGCGCAGCCUGCGCGCGGCCAGAAGCAACUCCAGCCUCCUGCAGAGGCAGCAGGACCGACUGCUGGAGUCCAUGAAGCGCCUGCUGCGCACGGUGGCCCAGGGCUCGCGAGAGCAGGUUGCAGCUGAGCGGGUGUUCCAGGACUGUGCAGAGAUCCAGAGCUUCGGGGCCAAUGCCAGUGGCGUCUACACCAUCCAUGUGGCCAAUAUGACAGAGCCCAGAAAGGUUUUCUGUGACAUGGAAGCCAAUGGAGGGGGGUGGACCCUCAUUCAGCGCCGUGCAAAUGGCAGCGUGAAUUUUCAGCGGAACUGGAACGAUUAUAAACAGGGCUUUGGUGAUCCAGCUGGGGAGCACUGGCUGGGCAACGAGUUGGUGCACCAUCUCACCAGCAGGGCAGCCUACUCUCUGCGUGUGGAGCUGCAAGACUGGGAAGGCAACGAGGCCUAUGCCCAAUAUGAGCGUUUCCAGCUGGGCAGCGAGGGGCAGCUGUACAGGCUUUCUCUGAGCGGGUACAGUGGCUCGGCGGGGCCCCAGAGCAGCCUGGCCCUGGAGGGCACCAACUUCAGCACCCGAGACGCAGACAACGACAACUGCCUCUGCAAGUGCGCCCAGAUGCUGUCCGGAGGGUGGUGGUUUGACGCCUGUGGCCUCUCAAACCUGAACGGCAUCUACUACGCAGCUGGCCGCCACCUGCGCAAGCUCAACGGCAUCCGCUGGCACUACUUCCAGGGCCCCAGCUACUCGCUGCGUGCCACUCGCAUGCUGGUGCGUCCCGUCGGCACCUAACAGCAGCCUCGCCGAAGGCUGGGCCCACAGGAGGAGGCAGGACUUACUGUGCCCUGGGCAAGCUGGACCCAAACACAGGACACGGUAACAGGGCCUGGACACCUGGAUCUCCUGAGCCAGCCCUCCUGGCCCCACGCGUCCCCAAGAGUCAGCCACCUUGCCUCCCUGUAGUCCUCAAGCUGUGACAUGGGGGGGGGGGGCGUUUGGGGGUUCCUGUCUCUGCAGGACCCCUCUUUUCUCCAGUCUUCUGCAGGGGCCCCUGCCAACGUGAGGGUCACAAUACCCUGAAUGAGCUGAGAACAGACAACUUGGCUCCUCAAAGGAAUACCUGGCUGGUGAUGAAAUUUCAGGCAGGUGGGGAGGUGUCUGCAGGCAGGAAACUGCUCAGAUGGAGGAGACCCAGAUUCUAUCCCCAGGGCUGGUGAGAAGGCCCUCGCCUGUUCCAAGCCUUCUCAGCCUUGAGAUGUCCUUGAACUGUCCAAGGCUGAAAGGCCUGCAUCUACCCAUAACAGGAAUCAUUAUUUCCACCCCACACUGUCCACCACUCCCGGGCCCCAACAUCUGGAACUCAACCCUGGUCUCUCAAGGGCUCCAGGAGAUCUAACAGAGAUUCCUUCACCCCCAGCAGGUUCCAGAAUAUGUUCCACAGAGAAUAACGCAGACUUCCCUCUCAACGUACCUGUGGUCAAGUGAGAGAGGAAAGCGUAGGUUAUAUCAAUG